GUAUAAAAAAUGAUAUUUUUUUGUAAUGAGGAUUUUUAUGAUAUCUUAAACAUGGUAAAGCUCUUGUGGUGCUUUCAUAUCUUAUAAUUAUGAAUCUCUUUGUAUUGUCCUAUUCUUGGUUCAUCUCAUACCUCAAAUAAGCUUCCGAUCCAAGCAAGGUAUAUAUAUAUAUAUAUAAAACACGAAACAAGAACGAAAGUUGACGAAGAACAAGAGGAAUUGAAAAACUGCAUCAAUCAGAGUUUAUGCAUGGCAAGCGCGGGUAUAUACCGCAGAACCCUCCCUCCCCCGUCAAUUGAGUUUUCAUCACCGGAAGGAAAGAAAAUCUUCACCGAAGCUCUUGCGAAGGGGAAAAUGGAGGGUUUCUUCAAGUUAAUUUCAUACUAUCAGACUCAAUCAGAGCCUGCUUUCUGUGGUUUAGCCACUCUUUCUGUUGUCCUCAAUGCUCUUGCUAUUGAUCCCGGUAGAAAAUGGAAAGGUCCUUGGAGGUGGUUUGAUGAUACAAUGUUGGAUUGCUGUGAGCCUUUGGAGAAGAUUAAGUCACAAGGCAUUACAUUCGGAAAAGUUGCGUGCUUGGCUCGAUGUAAUGGAGCUAAAGUUGAAGCUUUUCGAUCGGAUCAGAGCAACAUUGAUGAUUUUCGCAACCGUGUAAUUUCAUGUUCUUCUUCUGAGGAUUGUCAUGUCAUUGUCUCUUACCUCAGGACUCCACUUAAUCAGACUGGAACUGGGCAUUUUUCACCGCUUGGAGGAUAUCAUGCUGAAAGGGAUAUGGUCCUGUUAUUGGAUGUUGCUCGAUUCAAAUAUCCUCCUCACUGGGUUCCCGUUACCAUUCUUUGGAAUGCAUUGAAUACCAUCGAUCAAGAUACAGGACAACAUAGGGGGUACAUGAUUAUUUCAAGGCUUAACAGGGCACCAUCAAUACUUUAUACUGUGAGUUGUAGACAUGAAGGUUGGAGCAGUGUUGCCAAAUUUCUAACUGAAGACGUUCCUCUUAUUCUAAAAUCAGAGAAUCUAAAAGAAAUUCCAGAAGUGCUCUCUGUUGUAUAUAAAUCUCCUCCUAGUGAAUUGAGGGAGUUUAUCACAUGGAUUGCUGAGGUUCGUAGGCAAGAAGACGGGAAUCUCACAUUGAGCGAGGAGGAGAAAGGAAGGCUAGCAAUCAAGGCAGAUGUACUGGAACAAAUUCGGUCAACUGAACUCUUUAAACACGUGAUCAGGUGGUUGGAUUCAGAAAGAUCAUGCUGUGAUACCAUUGCAAACCUCGGUGACAGAGAUACGUUGUCAGCGCUUGCAGCACGUGUUUGCUGCCAGGGGGCGGAUCUCUUGACUGGUUGUCGUUUGUCGGGCGGAAAAUGCUGUAGUAAAAUAGAUGUAAAGCAUCUGAAUGUUGAUAGUGAAAAUCCAGUAACGUUGAUUUCCGGAACUGUUACUACAACUGGAGGCAGUAGUGGACAAGGAGUUGAUGUAUUGGUUCCUUUGUGUCAAAGGAAGCCGAGUAGCUUAUGUCUCUGUAAUGAGGGUCAGUGCAUUGGAAUGCACCCAUCUACUGCCGAUGUCUUAACAGUGCUUUUAUUCGCCUUGCCCUUGCAUACAUGGUCUGGCAUUAAAGACGAAAAGCUGCGUGUUGAAGUUGCGAGUCUUCUAACAACUGAAGAUCUCCCUCCCUUACUUUCGGAGGAGGUUUUGUUCUUGCGAGAGCAACUUCACUUUCUCAUGACUGAUAAUGGUGCUCCUUCUACCUGAUGAUACUCUUAAUUUUAACUAAUGUAUCGGGUUCCACAAUAAAGUUACAUUCGACCCGGUUUAAGCAUUGGAUAUUUAUUGAACUUGGGUUCAAUGCAGCAUGUCCAUGCCGUAAUGAUCAUGUUGAACGCGCCAAAAUUCAACAAUAGUUUUACCUUUGUGUAUGGAAUUUAAAGUAAUUGGAUACACAUGAGAAGAAUAUCAUGUUGAUUGCAUUACACAUGGAAGAUGAACAUUGAUGAAAGAGUUCAAGACCCUUGAAGUAUUGGGCCUUUUAUGUGA